UCUGUUGAAAGAUUAAAUGCAGUUUUUGAGGCAGGAAUUCAGAGAAAACCAAACUGAAUUGAUUAUAAUAAUAACACAAUUGAAAAUUAUGUUUUGACUACCAUAAGAAAGCCUGAAUUGUUGUUUUAUAGUCACAAUCUCAUUCUGUAUAACAGUGGACUUCUGAUAGAUGGGAUUAACUGCCCAGUACGUGACCUGCUAUGCUAGAAUCAAGGAAGAACACUGCCAUAUGUCAUGCUGGUCACACACACACACAGAGGCACAUACACCAAGAGAACAGGCGGAUUACCUCAGUGCUGCUUAACACGUGGCUGAGAUGCAUCUCGCUUUGACCGAGGAGAGCUGAAGAAAAAACAUCACACACAGCCACCAUCACAAUGAAGGGUUUUCAGGCUCUCACUGUAUGGCAGAGAUUACAGUUAUUCUACAGAGGGAUCCUGGAAAAUGGAGAUAAGAGGACAGACAAUUGGCCGCUGGUCUACUCUCCUGUGCCAAUCAGCUGCAUCUUUCUGUGCUACCUGGUUGUUAUAUGGGUGGGGCCAAAGCUGAUGGCGAAAAGGCAGCCAGUCAACCUUAAACCAGUUCUGAUAGUUUACAACUUCGCCAUGGUCUGCCUGUCUGCAUACAUGUUCUAUGAGUUCACAGCCUCUUCCUGGUUGGCCAGAUACAGUUUGCGGUGCCAGCCAGUCGACUACAGUAGCAGCCCACUGGCCAUGAGGAUGGCAAGAGUGUGCUGGUGGUUCUACUUCUCCAAAGUUAUAGAGCUCAGUGACACUGUAUUUUUCAUCCUGAGGAAGAAGAACAGUCAGCUGACCUUCCUCCAUGUCUACCACCACGCCACCAUGAUCUUCAACUGGUGGGCUGGGGUUAAAUAUGUGGCUGGUGGCCAGUCUUUCCUGAUCGGUCUCAUCAACUCCCUGGUCCAUGUAGCGAUGUAUCUGUACUACGGCCUGGCAGCUUUUGGCCCGAGCAUGUCCAAGUACCUCUGGUGGAAACGCUACCUCACCUCCCUGCAGCUGCUCCAGUUUUUCAUAGUCACCAUCCACACCGCCUACAACCUGUUCGCUGACUGUGACUUCCCUGAUUCCAUGAACAUGGUUGUGUUGGCCUACUCUCUCAGCCUCAUCGCUCUCUUCAGUAACUUCUACUACCACAGCUACCUUGCCAAAAAGAAGAGCAAGAAGACAUAGGCAGGAAGGCAGCGAGAGAGCUGAGAGGUGUAUAUAAAGAAAGAGAAGAAAGGAGCUGAGAAAUGUUACAUAUGUCAUUAACAUAUACAGUAAGGAGAAACCUGUCCAGUGUCAGCUGAAAACCGAGAAUGUAUUUGUAAUAAAAUGUAAUGAA